AUUUGACAGUUCAGCGUGUUUAGACGUGUUCUCACAGAAAACGAAUAAAGAAAAAAAGGUGUAUAGAAAAUUUUCGCAUAACAAGAAUUAUUUUAAAAGUAUUGUUUGCGAAAAGAAAAUUCAACAAUAUUAUAAAAGUGAAAUUAGUUAAACGAAUAAUAAAGCAACCAGUGAAAUUUUUAAACAUAUUUAAGGAAGUUUUAACAGCAAAUGAAAACCAUUUUUUUGCAAAUUACAUAAGCUGAAUAAAGAUAAAAAGAUGCUAAAAAACCAACAUUAAAAGCAAAACAACAAGAGGAAGUCUUUAGACAAGACAAAGAAAUAAAAAACAAAAAACUCAAACAAAGUAAUGAAAUACUGGAACAAGCUAGAGAAAUAAACGACAAUUUGAAACGAAAACGUGAUACAAACGUCUGCUGGAAUUUCAUCAUUUUUGCCUAAAAGACCAGACUUUACGUGAAACAUAAACUACGCUACAGUAGUCACACUAUUAAACGGAGAGCAGGAAAGAAAAAAAGAAACAUUUUAAAACUACAAAUUCCCAGAGGAAGAUGUGCUUUAAUAAAAACACACUAAAAAAGCAAGACACAAAAAGAAGCAUUUCGACAAGGACUAUUGAUUUUUCUAAAAAGGCUUCUUCUGCUAACAACAGUCUUGAAUUUAAUUUAGAUUUAUUAAAGAAAACUAAAGAUAAUCUUUGAUUUAUAGCUUAAAUACUAACAAUAUUUUAGACUAUAAAAACCAAAGAUAUAUAAUAAGUUUAGAAAAAUCAUCCCCAAUUAAAUCCCCAAAGCAAUUCCACAAAAAAAAAAGAAACAAGCUGCAGAACAAAGAAAGCAACUGUGAACACAAAACACAAACAAACUUUAGCACAAUUUCAUAUUGCAUUCAAAUAAAAUAAAUCUAAAAUAAUUGUGGAAUAGUUAAAUUUACUAACGAGUGAGAGUAACUAAAAACAAAAACAAAACUUGAAACAUUUUUUUUAAAUAACAGUGAUACAAAAAUUAUCCUUUUUUAAAAGAUUAUUUAAACGCAUGAGAGUGUAAAGAGAAAACAUAUAAAAAGAAAAACUUUUAAAGUUCCUGCUAAAAUAAAUAUACACAUAUUUUUUUGUUCAAUAAGUUAGAUUUAUAUAUAUAUAUACAUACAAAAAAACAAACAAUGUCCACCAUGAAUUCGACUAAAUCCCCUGCAAGUGUUUCCAAUGGAAAAUUCAAAGUAUUUUCACAUGUUAAAUAUGAGCAUUUAGUUGCUGGCAUUUCGGGUGGCGUAACAUCGACUUUGAUUUUGCAUCCAUUGGAUUUGAUAAAAAUUCGUUUUGCUGUUAAUGAUGGACGUACUGCAGCUGUACCACAAUAUCGUGGUUUGGGUAGUGCUUUUGCCACCAUUUUUCGGCAAGAAGGUUUUCGCGGUCUUUACAAGGGUGUAACGCCUAAUGUCUGGGGCUCUGGCUCGUCCUGGGGUCUAUACUUUAUGUUUUACAAUACCAUUAAGACUUUCAUUCAAGGUGGUAAUGCUACUUUACCUUUAGGGCCCACAAUGCAUAUGAUAGCUGCUGCUCAAUCGGGAGCUUUAACUUUAAUUUUAACAAAUCCUAUUUGGGUGGUAAAGACUCGUUUAUGUUUACAAUAUGGAGCCGAGGGUAAAGGUUCUGAAUAUCGUGGUAUGAUACAUGCGCUGGCGCAGAUAUACAAAGAAGAAGGCAUUAGAGGCUUGUAUAAGGGUUUCGUUCCUGGCAUGCUGGGUGUUUCUCAUGGUGCCAUACAAUUUAUGACAUAUGAAGAAAUGAAAAAUUGCUAUAAUGAAUAUCGAAAAUUACCAAUCGAUACGAAAUUGGCUACAUCGGAAUAUUUAGCUUUUGCAGCUAUAUCCAAACUAAUAGCAGCUGCCGCUACUUACCCAUAUCAAGUUGUAAGGGCACGUCUACAAGAUCAUCAUCAUAAUUAUCGCGGAACUUUGGAUUGUAUUAAACAAACAUGGAGCUAUGAAGGUCCUUUGGGUUUUUAUAAAGGUUUAAAGGCCAGUCUGAUCAGAGUAGUGCCCGCCACUAUGAUUACAUUUUUAGUUUAUGAAAAUGUCUCGUAUUAUUUAUUGAAACGUUCCAAAGAGAUGAAACUACAGAAAGAAAGUUAACUAAUAUAAAUUACAUUCAUUAGACUAACAAAUACCUCUUCAUUUUGUUUGUUUAUUUUUGUUUAAGCAGCUUUUUGACCAAAUUCCUUAAGUUAGUUUUUUUUGUUAACCAAAGUUUGCCUUGAGUUGUAAAUUAUUACAUAAUUUAUAUAAAAUCAUCACUUAAUCUAAGAUUUCUACUUAAUUCUUACUAACUUAUUAUAAAAUCAUAUCGUUUUUGCUGAUAUGUUGAGUUUUUAAUUUAAUUUGUUUUUGUUUGUUAAUUUUAAUUU